AUGAAGUGGUUUAUAUUCUGUUCGUUUAUAUUUAUAAAUGUUGCUGCAAAAAGAACAUUCGAAGGUUAUAAAGUAUAUAAAAUAAGUCCUAAGAAUGUAAAUGAAUUAAACUUUGUCAAAGAUUUGGAAAGGGAUGGAAUUGGACAAUUAUGGGAUGACCAAGUCAAUGUAGACUUUGAAGCAAGAAUUAUGGUUAAGCCUGAUAAUGUGGAAAACUUUCUUAAUAAAAUGGAUAGCAGUGGUGUUGGAUAUAAAGUGAUGAUUGGAGAUUUGCAAAGAGUCAUAAACGAACAGAUGCAGCCGAAUCAAAUAAGAUCGUCUUCAUACUUAUCCUACAGUUGGGAUAGAUACCACGACUUAGACACCAUUUAUAAAUGGCUGGAUGAGAUAGUAGAACAAUAUCCAAACAUUGUCACGAGUGUUGUAAUGGGACAAUCGGUUGAGGGCAGAGAUAUAAAAGGGAUCGUUAUCAACUAUAAACCAGAAAAGGAACACAAAACAAUUGGUAUGAUAGAAGGGACUUUGCAUGCUAGGGAAUGGAUUUCUCCAGCUGUCGUGAAUUGGAUUGUGAAGGAGUUUUUGACAAGCGAUGAUCCAGGUGUAAGGAUAAUGGCUGAAAAUAUCGAAUGGCAUAUAUUUCCAGUUGUAAACCCUGAUGGCUAUGUAUAUACAUUUACAACCAAUAGAAUGUGGCGAAAAAACCGAAGCACCUAUAACUUCCAAUCGUGUUCUGCAUUCGGUCUUGAUGACGACAUGAGUAACGGAAUUGAUCUCAACAGAAACUUUAAUUUUCAUUGGAUGUCUACUGGAGCAUCAGACAAUCCUUGUACUAACACGUACGCUGGGCCUUCUGCUUUCUCCGAACCUGAGGCCAGGGCGAUUGCAAACUAUGUUCUGGGCCUGAAGGAUCAAGGCCGUUUCAUUUACUAUUAUGGAUUUCACUCAUACACUCAGCUGUUUGUCAUCCCGUACAGUCAUGUCAAUAUAUCUGGAGUGUUGGAAGCUGAUAAUUAUUCAGAUAUGUACGAGAUUGCUGUAAGAGGUGCUGAAAAAGCAAAAGAACGAUACAAUACCACUUAUAGAGUUGGAAUAGCUGCUGAGAUUUUGUAUCCAAUGAGUGGAACAAGCUUCGACUGGGUGAAACAUGAAGCUAAUGUGGCUGUUAGCUAUUUGAUAGAGCUGAGAGACUUGGGUGAAUAUGGUUUCUUAUUACCGCCAGCGCAAAUCAUUCCUAAUAGCUUGGAAAUUAUGGACGCGCUUAUUGAAAUGGACAGAGUGACGAGACUCUUGGGAUAUUAUUCUAAAUCUACAUUAAUUCUUGGUUCUUUUAAUGCAUUAGUUUUAAGUAUUGUUUUAGCAAUUCUUAUAAGAUAAUAAUCAAAUUUAUGCUAAAUAUAACUGGAAAUAUAUAAUGUUAAUACAAAAUAAA